CAGCAAUCGAUUUGACGAGUUUUCGGCCAAACGACUCUUCAUUAACUCCUCCAAACUUCAGUCAUGGCGGAGGAUCCGGACGGGUCUACGGAAAAACUAGUCAACAAACCCAAAAGUAGUACUCUCUAGGCUUUUAUAUAUAAUCUGUUUAGAUACUCGGUUUCAUCAACAGCGCCUCAAGUCAUGGCGACCUGUUCUCACAGCGAAAGGAGCAUACCCUAUGUUUUUGGCCAUAGGACUCGCAUUCAUUCCUAUCGGUAUCAUUCUACUGGUCACAUCUAAUAGGGUAUGAAGUUUUAAUUCACUGAGCUUGAGGUUCCACAGGUUUUUGAACGAGUAUUCGAAUAUACUCAUUGUGAACGAUCUCCCGCUGCAAUGGUUCCUAGUCGGUGUUCCGAAGAAGUUCGAGCACCGGCCUUUUAUCAAAACUACCAAUCAUGUCCGUGUACCGUUUCUUUCACGUUGGAUGAGGCAGUUCAUGGCCAGGUCUACUUUUUCUACGGACUUUCCAAUUUCUUUCAAAAUCAUCGGCGAUACAUCAUGUCGAAAGAUGAUGCCCAGCUCUUAGGAGGGACCGGUCCUCUGAGUGAGGCUUGUGAGCCAUACCGGACCAACUCCAGGGGCGUGUCGUAUGCUCCUUGUGGUGCAAUAGCCAGCAGUUUGUUUAACGCCUAUCCUGUCACUCAGUUCGGUGGAACGAAGCGGUUCAUCCUCUCCACUGAAAGCUGGCUUGGUGGUCGCAAUCCAACGUUGGGUAUAGCUUAUAUAAUUGUGGGCUCAAUCUGCUUGGUUCUGAGUAUAUUGUUCCUCAUUCUACACUAUCGUCUACCCCGAAGAGUUCGAUCGUAAACGAGUGCUUCUUGCGAAUGACUGUGGGUUUUGCGAACAUGGCGAGUAUCUAUCUGAGCUUCCCCAGCACCACUCUUCAUGAAUUUGGCUGUGAUGAAUACAAAUAUUGUUUUCUCUUUUUAUUUGGCAUAUUUCUAUGACAGUGUGCUUCAGUGCCUUCAUUUUUCUCUAGUUGGUGUUCAUACAUCCUCCGUGGUUUCCUGUAAUCGACUGUUUUCAAAGUUUACCGUUUGCUCCUCACCUCACACAUUCCGAUUAGUGACUGUUUCUUUAAAGAUGACUGAGCGUAGGUUGAAACCCGCCAUCAAUCCAUCCGCUGACUGCGUGUGCUCUGGUUUAGUUGAAGUGCCCCUAUAUUGUUCUAACGUAUGAGUUAACAUGUUUUUUCGGCGUGUACUUAUCUAUCCGUUGGCAAUAUCUUCUUGGUUG